UUUGCUGCCGCCUUCCAAUCCUGCUCUGGAUAUGAAAUAAAGCAAGAGGAUGGACUGAGUCAAGUAAAUUCCUUUUUAUUUCUCACCGUCACUUUUUUUUCCAAUUAAAAAAAAAGAGGGACAGUGUUUUUGGACCUGUGCGUGCCCGUCAGUAGUUGAGAACAGCUGUCGUUCCGGUCCGAACCCACAGCCCACUCCAGAAGCGCUUCAGAUCACAUUUCUGCUCCGACCAGCUGAGCUGAAGCGGCUCUUCUCCGCAGCCAGUUUUUUGUUUUUCUGUUCGGUGAGAGCCUCUGAACGCUCCCGCGAAGAAAAAUACACCAGAAAUUAAAAAAAAAUAAUUUUUUUAAACAAAAACACAGCGCAAAUUUCGGGAUUUCCUUCCUUUCCGUGCUCCAUUUUUCUGCUUCUUUUUUUAUUGUAUGUAUUUUUGCAGGAUUUUAGCAGCAAAGCCGCCACAGAGAUUUAGAUAAGACUCGCAGGGUGUCAGAAGAAAUGGACGAGCAGCCGAGGCUGAUGCACUCUCACACGGGGGUGGGCAUGGCGGGGCACCCCGGUCUGCCGCAGCACAUGCAGGACGGCACCGGAGGCUCGGACGGAGACGGCAGGAAGCAGGACAUCGGAGACAUUCUGCAGCAAAUCAUGACCAUCACGGACCAGAGUCUGGACGAAGCUCAGGCCAGGAAACACGCUCUGAACUGUCACAGAAUGAAGCCAGCUCUUUUCAACGUCCUGUGUGAAAUCAAAGAAAAGACAGUGCUGAGCAUCCGUGGAGCCCAGGAGGAAGAGCCUCCAGACCCCCAGCUCAUGCGGCUGGACAACAUGCUGCUGGCAGAGGGAGUGUCCGGUCCUGAGAAAGGUGGGGGCUCUGCAGCCGCCGCGGCCGCUGCAGCUGCCUCGGGCGGUGCCGGGGCCGAUAACUCGGCGGAGCACUCGGACUACAGGGCCAAGCUUUCCCAGAUCAGACAGAUCUACCACACAGAACUGGAAAAGUAUGAACAGGCUUGUAACGAGUUCACGACCCAUGUGAUGAACCUGUUGCGGGAGCAGUCGCGCACGCGGCCCAUUUCACCCAAGGAGAUAGAGCGCAUGGUGAGCAUCAUCCACCGCAAGUUCAGCUCCAUCCAGAUGCAGCUCAAACAGAGCACCUGUGAAGCCGUUAUGAUACUCCGCUCCCGCUUCCUCGAUGCCAGACGGAAAAGACGAAACUUCAACAAGCAGGCGACAGAAAUCCUGAAUGAGUAUUUCUACUCCCACCUCAGCAACCCCUACCCCAGCGAGGAGGCAAAGGAGGAGCUGGCAAAGAAGUGUGCCAUCACAGUGGCUCAGGUUUCCAACUGGUUUGGGAAUAAAAGAAUCAGAUACAAGAAAAACAUUGGUUCUGCUGGCUCUUUUAACAUGUCAAACUCCGGGGACUUGUUCAUGAGCGUUCAGUCUCUCAAUGGGGACUCGUACCAGGGGGCUCAGGUGGGAGCCAAUGUGCAGUCGCAGGUGGAUACUCUUCGCCAUGUUAUCAGUCAGACAGGCGGAUAUAGUGAAGGACUCACAGCCAACCAGAUGUACAGUCCACAGGGCAUCAAUGCAAACGGUGGCUGGCCGGACGCGCCGACCCCCUCGUCAGUGACUUCACCCACAGAAGGACCCGGAAGCGUCCACUCCGACACCUCCAACUGAUCGUGUGCCCCCUGAUUCCCACCUCCACUCCCCUCCCAGUUGUAUCUCUCAAAGCUGAGACUUUAAUUCAUCUCACAGAACCAGGACAUGAUGUGAGGCAGCGGGAUGCAGUUGGGGGUCUAGAGAGGAUGCUUCCAGCGUCGCUGACAAAAACACUCUUUCCUAUCUGGACCACCGCCGCAGCCUGUGGAGGAACCUAUGUCCUCACUCCACAGUUUGUACAGUUUCCACUUGAUGUCAAUGUUGCCUCUUUGUAUUUCCUCUUGACAUCAUGAAAUCACAGUCCACUACCCCCCACCUCACAGACACACACACCCUCGCCCCCCCCCUUAAAGAAAACGUUUUCACUACCUCCAUCUGAAACAUCACAUGAUAAAAGCUUUGGUUCUUCACAGAUGUUAUGAUGACCUCACGCCACACAGCCAAUAUCCGGUUGUUUUUAUUUAUCAUCAGUGCCAAAGUUAGUCACUGGGGUGGAUUUUCGAUCAUGAAUUUAUCUUGUGUUAUCUUGAAGCAAACAUCUGUAUUAUGUUAAUUCAUCCAUUUUCAGUAUUUAACCCAGUAACGGAACAAAAACCAGUGAAAAUUUGAAUGAGAGAAAAUGUUCUGCAGCAGUGGUUACAUCAGGAUGAAUUAAAGCACAAACGACCAAAUUCUAGAGGAGUUCUGUAAAUGAUGGACAGAAAACAGUUUAACUGUACGAGUCAUACUGUAAUCUGUUGUGUGUGCAUCACUAGAACCAAAUACUGCUGGUAACCAAAUCUGCGUGUCAGGAUGUAACACACUGCAGGAUCUGUGUUGUUCACAUACCAAAUAUGUUCUUGUCAAAAUUCCUAAGAACACGAUGAAACAUCUGAGCGACAGAAAUCAUUUUUGCACCUGCAACACCUCUACGGGCAAAAAAAUAAUAAUAAGGAUUUUCAGUGUCAACAAACCCCACUGCAGCCUCGGUAUUUCACUGGGCAGCAACUGUUGGAGACACAACGUUGAGAGAAAUUAGGCAAAUUUUCCUUUUGGAGUCAGAAUGAGUUGGUACUCAGAUGAUUUUACUCCACCAGUUUUCUAUCCGGCCAAAUCGUGGGGGACAUGCACUUUAUUAAUUACACCUGUUUAAUUAUUUUUAAACCCAAAAAGUUAAACAGCAGCUGAAAUAACCACUGGUUCCUACCGAGGUCCACAGAACAGCAUCUCUGAACCACAAUUCAAUUCGGUUUUUUUGUUAGGAGCCAAAUCAACAACAAGAGUCGUCUCAAGGCGCGUCGCAAAGUCAGCAUUCCAAUACGGGUCAGUUCAUUAAGCCAUUCAGUAAACGUUUCCUGUAUAAGGAACCCAGCAGACUGCAUCGAGUCACCGGCUGGCGUUGAAGCUUGAAGCAGAUGGACUCCAGCAGCAGAAGACCACGCCAGGUGUCUCUCCUGUCAGCUAAGAACAGGAACCUGAGGCUACAACUCACACAGGAUCACCAGAGCUGGACCAGAAGAAACUGGAAAAUGUUUCCUGGUCUGAGUCUGGAUCUCAGCUGCAACAUUCAGAUGGUCGGGUCAGAAUCUGGUGUCACCAACAUGAAAGCACGGAUCCAUCCUGCCUUGUAUCGAUGCUUCAGGCUGCUGCUGGUGGUGUAAUGGUGUGGGGGAGAUGUUCUGGUCCCACUUUGGACCCCUUAGUACCACCUGAGCCUGGUUUAAACACCACAGCCUACCUGAGUGUUGUUGCUGACCGUGUCCAUCCCUUUAUGACCACAUGGACCCAUCUUCUGAUGGCUACUUCCAACAGGAUAAAGCACCAUGUCACAAAGCUCAGAUCAUCUCUAACUGGACUCCAACCACCCCCACAGUCCACAGAUCUUCAACCAGUCCAGAACCUUUGGGAUGUGGUGGAACGGAGGAUUCCCAUCAUGGAUGUCAUUGUGAACCAGAACCUCUGAGGGACAUUUGCAUCUCCUUGUUGAAUCGAUGACACCAAGAAUCAUCCAUCCAUUCAUUUUCUAAACCUGCUUAUCCACGCAGGUUUGCAGGGGGCGCUGGUGCCCAUCUCCAGCAGUCAAACAGACAGGGUACACUCUGAACAGGUUGCCAUUCCAUCGCAGGGCACAGUUGUUUGACCAUCAUGUAAACUUUCUUUUUUCAAUUUUGUCACAAAGUAUCCUAAUAUUGUCUUUUUUUUCCUGACUAACUUUAAUUUUAUUCACAACUUGUUUGCUCAGUUGUCUCACAUCCAGCACACUUCUGACUCACAAAGACUAGUCCACACGUAGCCGUUUUUUUUUUUUAACGAAUAUCCGCCCCUCCAAAAACUUGCAUCCACACCAACUCGUUUAAAAAAGAAAACACUGUCCACACGUACCCGGAUAAAUACGUUGUUAAGGACAUGCCAGACCUGUAGGCGGCAGUACUUCCCCCGUUCUUAACCUCGUCCUUCGUCUGUGGUCUUCCGCAAGGAGCAGUAAUUCCGCUUGCAAAAACAAACAAGCAAAAAGCGCUUGGACAAUUGAUAAAGCGAGCGCAGCUCUGAGGGCAUCCAUGCUGUCGGCUAGUGUAAACACAGGUCGCACACGUGAUGUCAGCAUUUUUUGUCGCGGAAAGUGACGUUGCGGAUCUUAAAACUCCGGUUUUGUCCGUCCACACGCAGACACCCAAAACGGAGAAAACGCAGAUCUUCACUUUGGCCGGAGUUUUUAAAAAAGAUCAGUUUUCGUGUGAAAAAACUCCGUUUUCGUGUGGAUGACGGGCCAAAACGUAGAAAAAUAUCUACGUUUUGGCAGAUCCCCGGCUACGUGUGGACAGGGCCUAAAUACAAGAGUUCCAGAUGCUCAAGAGAACCGUUGUCAUGCAAAGUUUUCUAAACCAAAAAUUCCAUAUUCCAUGGCAGCAGGACCCGCAGACUCGAGGAAAUUAAGAAGAAUCAAAAAAUUAAAGCUCCCACAAGUCGUCACCGACAGUCGCCGCCCAGUCCGUUACUGGCCUUAGAUAAACUUGUCUGAUUCCUGAUACCAUCACAGACAACGUUUCAUAUACAUGUUUGUUUUUCCACGAGUUCUUGACGUGACACUUUAUUCAUGAACACAAAUCAAUCCAAAAUGUGAAUGUGUGUUUUGAGCUGUUGUUGUUUGUACAGAACAGAUGGAUUUAAUUACAGUAGUCCACAUCAGGUAGAGGGAUCCUUUGAUACCAAAAAUGGCAACACUUUCUUACACUGGGAUCAGCUUUUUUUAAAAGUUUACCUCUGAGUACUUUUAAUUUAUUCUGUAUUCUUAACCAAGAAGAAGUUUGAAUACAGAAAAGUUUAUAUAAGUCUCAGUGGAAGUGAGUAGUCCUAAUCCAGCAGGUGUUUGGACAAACUUUAAUGUCCAUUUUUGUGAAUAAUUCAUCUUUAUCUACUUUUGUUUUAUAUGAUUUGGAAAUGUUCUGCAGUCAUUUUACCAGAGUUAGACUAAGAAUGAUUUAUAUUCCAGCUGUAGAUAAGCAUCCUUGCCUUUGUUUAGCAUCUUUGCAUUUGGACCAUCGCUCUUUUUUCAAAAAUGAUCCUUACUUUGUGCUUGGAUGGUGAUCACGUUAGCUGCUGUCCUAAGGAUGGUGUCAAACGGUGCCCUCUGACCUUGUUUUUAGCUGGUCUGAACCUUCAUAGGGAGGGAAUACAUUUAAUUUCUGAGUCAAAAUGGUCGUAUAACGGAUGAAAAACCACAGGUCUGUGUUUUUUCCUUUGCACCAGAUGUCCGUGUGUUUGUAUUUAUUACACGUGUAUGAAAUUGUGGGUUUCAGAGCCACGGCGUCGGUGUGACAACACCAAACGGACUCAUUGGGAUGACGAUUCACCUGCUCAGUGUUUCAGAUAUGACUCACAGAAGCCGCCUCAUCUGCAGAACUCACUGGACAGAACUGACGGCGGCGCCUAUGCAAGGCAAACACGAGGGUUUUUUUUUUUGUUGUUCCUUUUGCUCUUCUCAACAAACUGCUCAACUCUCACAUUUGCCUGUCAGAUAUUACUGAAGCUUCAUGUAAUGAUGCUUUUUAAUUUUGAGUAUAAAAGGAAAUGGAACGGAAACAACUGUUUGUAAAACAUGAGGUGUUUAAUUUGUUGCAUGUCUUUUGGUUCUCCAAUAAAACAACGUACUGCAGUGUUUUGAAUGUUAACUUCUUUUUAUAAGGAAUUCAACGUGAAUCGAGGAGCCUUUUUUGACAGGUAUUAACUUUUAAAAUCUCUGCUUAUAUAGAAAGUGUAUCAAAUGGAAAACUAUUGUCUUUUUAAUCACAAAUCAAACCCUGUUUUUUUUUUUCUUUAUUUUGUGGAGAAAAUAGCUGGAUGGAGUAGUUUUUAUGGUCUCUUCAUUUGUGUUGCCGAAACGCGUCCCAAAUAAAAGCUUUCUUUUGUUGCA